AGGUUUGGGGAGGCGGGGGUGAGUUAGGAACCCGAUGCGGGGAAGCGGAGUCGGAGAUGGCUUCGGCUGGAGGCGGCGACUGCGCGGCCGCUGCGCCGGAGGCAGACCGCCCUCACCAGCGGCCUUUCCUGAUCGGGGUGAGCGGCGGCACUGCGAGCGGGAAGUCAACCGUGUGUGAGAAGAUCAUGGAGCUGCUGGGGCAGAACGAAGUAGACCACCGACAGCGCAAGUUGGUCAUCUUAAGCCAAGACAGGUUCUAUAAGGUCUUGACGGCAGAACAAAAGGCGAAGGCCUUGAAGGGGCAGUACAAUUUCGACCACCCAGAUGCUUUUGAUAAUGACUUGAUGCAUAGGACUCUGAAAAACAUCGUGGAGGGCAAAACUGUUGAGGUCCCCACCUAUGAUUUUGUGACCCAUUCAAGGUUACUGGAGACAACGGUGGUCUACCCUGCAGACGUGGUUCUCUUUGAGGGCAUUUUGGUGUUCUAUAGCCAGGAGAUCCGGGACAUGUUCCACCUGCGCCUCUUUGUGGACACCGACUCUGAUGUCAGGCUGUCGCGAAGAGUUCUUCGGGACGUGCAGCGCGGGAGGGACCUGGAGCAGAUUCUAACACAGUACACCACCUUUGUCAAGCCAGCCUUUGAGGAGUUCUGCCUGCCGACAAAGAAGUAUGCCGAUGUGAUCAUCCCUCGAGGGGUUGACAAUAUGGUUGCUAUCAACCUGAUUGUACAGCACAUCCAGGACAUUCUCAACGGUGACAUCUGCAAGUGGCACAGAGGAGGGUCCAAUGGACGGAGCUACAAGAGGACGUUUUCUGAGCCUGGAGACCAUCCUGGGGUGCUGACCUCUGGCAAACGGUCUCACCUGGAGUCCAGCAGCAGACCCCACUGAGGAGCCAGAGUUUGUUGCUCCCUCAGCCUCCUGGGCAGGCUCCCCACUAGAUGUGUCUACAGCGACUGGGCCUGGAGAUGUCCACCCCGCCCCUAAAACACGGCCACCACUUCUUUCUGCAUGUUACAGGGCGAUGAUGGUAUUCAAACGAGGUGUGUCAGCAGAGCGGCAGGGGAUUCACGGUUCUCUCCUGCUUCCCCACGCGUGAGGAGUUUUACAAAUCUCUGGGUCACUGAGAAAUGCCAGAAAAUGCAUGGACAAGAAAAUGUGUGGAUGACAGCAACCUUGACUGCUGAUAGGUGAAACUGGAGAUGCUGCUCACUUGUGAUGGAUUGCAACAAAAUCUCAGGGUUUUUAAAAGCACAGCAAUUGUGAGGAGUAACAGUUUUUAAAUACAGUGAUCAGAGAAUUCCAUUUAAGCUUCCUAAAAAGCUUAUUAUCAUUCAGUUUAUGUGAUGCCAGCUUGUUCUAGGUAAUUCUUGCAAGGCUUCACUAAAAGCAACUGCUAAGACACUGUUCUCUUCAGCAGGUUCAACAGUUUUCACAAAGGAGAUUCUCAGCAAAGGAAAAACCAAAACUAGCAACUGCUGGGAAACCUGGUUAGACUGACUUGCUCCAGCACUGACCUAUAGAGUUCUUGCUUCACCAGCGAUUCCUGUGUUAGCCACGGAGUAGGAAGUACUCAGUGUGUCUUAGUUCAGCGGGUCUCUGAGGAGUCACUGGGCACGUAGGGCCUGUUCUUUGUUGUCUGGAAUAAAUAAACUCCAAACAGAGGGUUUCAAGAACGAAACCAUAAUAAA